AGCUGGGCUGGUGGGCGGGUGAGCCGGUGGCGGGGUCGGCUGACGGCUGCUCGGAGGGCGGAUGGCGAUGGCGACGGCGUUGGCAGCGACGGCAGCGGAGCGCGCGGUGCUGGAGGAGGAGUUCCGCUGGCUGCUGCAGGACGAGGUGCACGCCGUGCUCCGGCAGCUGCAGGACAUCCUCAAGGAGGCCUCUCUCCGCUUCACUCUGCCUGGCAUGGGUACAGAGGGGCCAGCCAAGCAGGAGAACUUCAUCCUGAGCAGCUGUGGCACAGACCAGGUGAAGGGCGUGCUGACUCUCCAGGGGGACGCACUGAGCCAGGCGGACGUGAACCUGAAGAUGCCCCGGAACAACCAGCUGCUGCACUUCGCCUUCCGGGAGGACAAGCAGUGGAAGCUGCAGCAGAUCCAGGACGCCCGGAACCACGUGAGCCACGCCAUCCACCUCCUCGCCAACCGGGACGAGAGCUACCAGUUCAAGACGGGAGCUGAAGUCCUCAAGCUGAUGGACGCCGUGAUGCUGCAGCUGACCCGAGCCCGCAACCGACUCACCACCCCGGCCACCCUCACCCUGCCCGAGAUCGCUGCCAGCGGCCUCACGCGCAUGUUCGCCCCCGCCCUGCCGGCCGACCUGCUGGUGAACGUCUACAUCAACCUCAACAAGCUCUGCCUGACCGUGUACCAGCUGCACGUCCUGCAGCCCAACUCCACCAAGAACUUCCGCCCAGCGGGGGGCUCGGUGCUGCACAGCCCGGGGGCCAUGUUCGAGUGGGGCUCGCAGCGCCUGGAGGUGAGCCAGGUGCACAAGGUGGAGUGUGUCAUCCCCUGGCUCAACGACGCCCUCGUCUUCUUCACCGUCUCCCUGCAGCUCUGCCAGCAGCUCAAGGACAAGGUGGGGCUGGGGGGCCUUUUGGGGGGUUCCAAGGACCCCUGUCACACCGCCAAAGUGCCCCCAGACCUCUAGGCCCAUCACAGCCCCCCCCGCCCCCCAGCAGGCACCUGGGCCAACACCAGCCUCUCCCCUCCCCUUGGACGACCCUGACUUUGCACCUGGCUCCUUCUAGGGGGCCCCCAGCACCCCCACUGACCCCGGGUCACCCCUCCCCCAGAUCUCCGUGUUCUCCAGCUACUGGAGCUACAGACCCUUCUGAGCAGAGCGUGUGGGAGCUUCUCCCCUGGGACGGUGGCCCAGGGGGUCCCUGUCCCAUCCCCCACCGCUCGGGGUGCCCACCAGAGCCGGGAGCCCGGGCGCUGUGUGCCCUUUAUUUUCCUCUUUGCCCCAUUCUUCCUGGCACGUUUGCACAGAUGGGGGUGAAUGUGGGGACCCAGAACGUGGUUUGGCUUCUUCCGAGGAGGGGAAGGGUCAGGAAGGUGGCCUGAGCCGCAGCCCCGGGGCCCGGCCCGCCCUCCAAGCACCAGGGGGACCUUUGAACCCAGGGCAGGGCCCAGCGUGGGGCUCCCAGCCUCCUCCUCCCCUGCCCGGCUGCACCCCUGCUGGAGAUGGGGGCACAGGAGGGGCGGGGUGCAGCGAGGCCGCCCUCCCCGGGCCCGUGCCGCUGAUGCGUGUUCCGCCCCCACCCCACGGGCCGUCUAAGAAAUAAAGAUCCUCAGAUCCUCGA